GUCUAUUGUCAGGAAAAUCUGUUGACAGGCGGCUUUGUUGACUACACCACUACUAACGGACUACUACCUAAGAGAAUGCAGGACACCAGGAGUCGCCGGUGCAGUAACAUCUACAACCACGGUGAUGACGAUGACGAUGGGAUAGGAACCAGGCUUUCUGUCGGUCUACGGAUAAUGAUCCAGAACGGAAAAGAGCGACAGUCUCGUGGCAUGUGCCGUUGGGUCAAGCCCUUCAGAGAUGCUUAAAACCAAGCAUCAUGAAAAGGAACGCAUAGUGGCAUUCAAAAACACAUACAUGCGUUGCCGGCCGGCACCGAUGGAUCUAUGCAAAAACACCAAUAUUGAAGCCACUGCUUGUCCCCAUCCACAGCAAUGCAACAUGCCUGCUCAGGGCCGAUCUUGUCUCUAUUUUCAGCAUCGACCCGUCGUUCUUUGCUCCAAGCACCUCCGCUUCUGCCAGCCUGGCGUGCCUAGCCCGGCCAAUUCUUCUUCAGGGUCUUCCAAGCACGUCUCCACCUUCCCCCGGGCCCCUCCCAGCAUUCGUCAUUCUCCCCGGCCCCGUCCAAGAAUCCGGAUUCCACAGCUUUUCCAGAACUCGGCAUUCGUCGUCGCACCACUGGUGCCGUGCCCUACAAUUUACAGUGUCGACAACACGGUCAACACCCCUAGGAUAUGUGAGGCGUCUAUGGGGAAGGGGUCAAGAAUUUCUCGGACGACGGGCAUCAUCGCCUCACUGGGCCAUAACAUUUGCCUUCCGCGGCGGCCGACGUCACUUCCGCGCUCGAGGGUCUUCGCCCUUCACCGAGGGCCCCUGCAACAACAGUCAACAGGACUGCUGUAACGGUACAGCCUGCAGGAUGACGAUGUCGACAAUAAGUUGCCAUUCAGACUGCGCCCGAAGCAUCUUGGAAUGUCAGCGAGAACUCUGAUCAAACAAUUUGUCGGCUCAUAACUGAUGCCUCUCCGUGCGUCAUUUGUUCCGAGCAAUGGGCAACCUCCAGAUGAACCACCCAGCCAACAGUUGUUUGAGGGAAACUGAGAACCCAAUGACUGCGUUUUGCCUAGCUUUUACACUUCAGGGUCCCCUUUAUUCGAAGCUCUGUUUCCUAGCGCCCUCGUCAUGGGUUCCUCUUCUUCCCACAUCCCGGCACAUUGUCG